CCUCCCUCUCUCUCUCUCACUCGCGUUGUCCUCACAGUUACAGUAUGCUGUCGGUGUUCGUGCUGUGUGUGGCUGUGGCGGUGGCAACAGCACAGUCGCCCAAGGAGGUGCAGUUGAUCGCUAACUACAGCCACAAGGACCUGAACGACAUCAUGAACGACCCGGCGAAGGUCAAGGCCAUCGUCGAUUGCGUCGUUGAGGUGGGAGAUUGCAGUGAGCCGUUAGCGCGUCCUAUGCACAGGAAUGUGAAGGCCUGGGUGGACACCAUGAAGAUCUGCUCCAACUGUAGCGCUCAGGAACGCGUCAAAAUUCAGUUCAUCGUCUCGCAGCUGAUACUGAACCACAUGGACCAGUAUAAGAGGAUCGAUCGUCACUACAGGGCCAAGCCUUGAUUAUAUUACUGUGUGUGUGUGUGUGUGUGUGUGUGUGUGUGUGUGUGUGUGUGUGUGUGUGUGUAAACGGAUGUGUGUG